UGAAAUCCAGAGGAAACAUCACUGCUCAUAUCAUCCACUUGCACUAUGCAAUACUAGAUGAGUGUUAGGUGCUCUCCACGAUGUCCGAGUGGUCUCCUCCCUUGCCUUCCCCCUCCCCAUAUCCUUCGUGUGACUAUAGUGAAUGGUCUCCAACCUGGGUGCUGAUUCCAAGCGUGUAUAUCCUGGUGUUUGUGUUGGGCUCACUAGGCAAUGGCUUGGUGCUGUGGGUACACCUGGACCGCCGAGCAAGAGGCCGCGGGAGGAUUGGGAGCUGUUCCAAAUCUUCCCAGACCCCUGAUCCAUCUCCUUGCCCUUCCACUACAUCUCGUUCUGUGACAGAGUCAUUAAUAGCCAGUCUAGCACUGGCUGACCUGGCCUUCGUCAUGACCCUGCCAUUGUGGGCAGCGUACACAGCGCUGGGCUACCACUGGCCAUUUGGCCACAUUCUGUGCCAGGUGAGUAGUUACAUUGUGGCACUUAAUAUGUAUGCCAGCGUGUUCUCUCUGACUGCGCUCAGUGUGGAACGUUACUGUGUCAUCACACGGCGUUGUGGUAACAGCUCAAAGCGAGGUGGGUCAACCAUGCGUGCAAGGUGGAUUGUUGGUAGUGCAUGGGUGGCAGCUGGAAUCCUGGCACUUCCUGCUUUGCUUCUACGGACUGUGAGGGAGGUGGAUUUGGAAGUUGAACCUGAAGGUGACUGGCAGGAGGGCAAAGAUAGAGAUGGGCACAUAUCCACCUGCUUGUGUGACAUGGACUACUCUAGUUUGAUCUCAAGCAAGCUGGACCCUGAAGCUUCAGAGCAGGUAGAGCUGAUGUGGUCAGCAGCUUUGGGGUUAAAAUCAACUCUUCUUGGAUUCCUGCUGCCUCUCCUGGUGCUCCUGCUCUGUUACGGCUUGCUGGGACGACUCCUCUCACGACACUUCAGCUUUGGCCCACGGCCUGAUCACACUCGUCAACGCAGGCUCCUCCGCAUCAUCAUCACUCUUGUACUGGCCUUCUUCCUCUGCUGGCUGCCUUUUCACACCAACAAGACACUAUCGGCUAUGGUGGAACUGGGCAUUCUUCCCUUUUCUUGCAGUUUUGACCAGUGGUUGGUAGCAGUCCAUCCAUAUGCCAUCUGUUUGGGCUAUUUAAACAGCUGUUUGAACCCUCUGCUGUACGCCUGCUGUGAUCCACCAUUCCUUAAGCACUGCAGGGGUCUACUCAUGUGCACAUUGGGCAAAUGCAGAGGAGCAAAGGGAGCAGAGGAGAAAAAACAACACAACACAAGUUCCCCAAUACCAUCAGGGACGCAUGAAGUGACACUAAUUAAAGAUGAGUAAUGAAGAGAAAAAGUGGCAAACUGACUCAGGGACAGAGCUGGAUGUUUUCUGUGGAAA